CAUAAAUCUUGUUUUAGAGGCUCGGUAACCAAAGGAGUACAAGUGUUACCCUUUUCAGGACUCAUCCAUUUCAUUUUUCUAUGUUCCAUCACUUCAACAUUAACAUAAAUCAAAUCAUCUCAAACAAUCUAAUAUUGUUACUUCCUAUAGUGUCAUUCAGUUACUGAUGUUUGCUUCACUUACUACUAAAUCCUCUUUGUCUUAUAUAUCUACUCUCUUUUCUUCACCUAAACCCCCCAUUUUUUUCUCUUUAUAAUUAGAACCAAAUAUUUUUUUUUUCCCUUCAAUUUCUCUCUUGCUUCAUCAACUUCUCAUCACAAUUACAAAUUUCUCCUUAAAAAAAUGGGGUUUCUUCAUCAUGGCAUUUGCAUUUCUCUUUUAAUUUUGAUAAUUUCAAGCUGGAUCUUGCAGGGGUUAGUUAUUGAAGGUAGAAAGACUCACAAACAAAGUGUUUUUCACCAGAAAUUAAGUGAGGAGAAGAUGAUAUUGAGGGCACAAAUAGGGUCAAGGCCUCCAAAAUGUGAUAGAAGAUGUAAGUCAUGUGGACACUGUGAGGCUAUUCAAGUGCCUACAAAUCCUCAAGUGCAGAAUGGAAAGAUUAAAUCUUCAAAGUUCUCUACAAUUGCUUAUUCAAGAGGAAAUGAUAAUUCCAAUUACAAACCUAUGAGUUGGAAAUGCAAAUGUGGGGACCUCAUUUUCAACCCCUGAAUCCAAUUAUUAUUUGCAUGCAUAACAAUUUAGUUCUUUUAUAUAAUUAAGGAUACCAAUUUGUUAAUUUUGUAAAUGAUUAUACACCUUUAUUAAAUUUUUUUGGGAGCCUUUUUUUUCUUCUCUUUUUUACUUUUAAUUUCCUCAAUGACUCAUUGUGAUGUAAGCCUUUAUCAAUUGUAUCUUGUACUCAAUUAAUUCAUUGUCCCUAUAUGCUA